AUGGCCCAGCCAAGUGCCGAGCCAGGCGAUGACUAUGACUACGAAUCCCUUCCUCCAAACUUCUCUCUGUUGCAGAACAUGGCAGCAGGAGCGUUUGCUGGCAUCGCCACGCGAAUGCAAGUCCUUAGUCCCAACGCCACAACGGCUUAUUCUGGUGUCCUCCGCAACACCUAUCAGAUAGCAUCGGGGGAGGGAUUCCUUAGUUUGUGGCGUGGGAUGUCAAGUGUCAUUGUCGGAGCUGUUGGCCAACAGAAGCAUCUAGGACCUGCACACGCUGUGUACUUUGCUACGUACGAGGCUGUCAAGCAUGCCAUGGGGGGGAAUCAGGCUGGUGUACACCACCCCCUUGCCGCUGCUACCAGCGGAGCCGCUGCUACUAUUGCCAGCGAUGCCUUCAUGAACCCAUUUGACGUCAUUAAACAACGAAUGCAAAUUCAAAACUCGAGCAAAAUGUACCGGUCCAUGGUCGACUGCGCUAAAUAUGUGUAUCGAAACGAAGGCAUUGGAGCGUUUUAUAUAUCAUAUCCCACGACAUUGUCGAUGACGGUUCCUUUUACUGCCUUGCAGUUUUUGGCUUAUGAGUCCAUUUCGACGGCCAUGAAUCCCGAAAAAAAUUACGACCCUUUGACCCAUUGUCUGGCUGGAGCCGUCGCUGGAGGCUUUGCGGCCGGCUUGACGACGCCAAUGGAUGUUAUUAAGACAAUUUUGCAAACUCGAGGCACCUCCUCAGACCCCCAAGUUCGAAGCGUGAAUGGGUUCCUUGGCGGGUGCCAGCUCCUUUAUCAAAGAGAAGGAUUUCGUGGCUUCUUCAAGGGUGUGCGUCCCAGGGUCGUCACCACUAUGCCUAGCACCGCCAUUUGCUGGUCGGCAUACGAGUUCUCCAAGUACGAUUAUUACAAAUAA